ACCCCGACUACUUUCUUCGGCCACCACAACACACCUCACCCCCUCCUGACUCACUCGUUUCCUCUCUCGCUAACGGCAAAAAUGGCGCGAAACUUUCUACAUUCCCCGGGAAAUGUUCCUGUGUUUCGCGUCAUUCUUCUCCUACUGCUACUCCUUCCACAUUCUUCAACCAGCUCCCGCCACGACUACCACGACGCUCUCCGCAAAUGCAUCCUCUUCUUCGAAGGCCAACGCUCCGGCCGACUCCCGCCCGACCAACGCGUCCGAUGGCGCCACGACUCCGGUUUGCACGACGGCGCCACUGCUGGAUUGGACUUAACGGGAGGUUACUACGACGCUGGAGACAAUGUGAAGUUUGGUUUCCCAAUGGCGUUUACGACGACGUUACUCGCGUGGAGUAUAAUAGAUUUCGGGAGGACUAUGGGACCGGAGCUUAGAAACGCCGUUAAGGCCGUUAAGUGGGGGACUGACUAUCUGUUAAAGGCGACGGCGAUUCCUGACGUCGUUUACGUGCAGGUUGGCGACGCUUUUUCGGACCACAACUGCUGGGAGAGGCCCGAGGACAUGGACACUCUCCGAACGGCCUAUAAAAUCGAUAGGGCCCACCCUGGGUCUGACGUGGCGGGGGAGACUGCAGCUGCAUUGGCCGCUGCUUCCAUUGUCUUCAGAUCACGUGACCCGGCCUACUCAAGAUUGCUUCUCAAUAGGGCCGUUAGGGUGUUCGAGUUCGCUGACAGACACCGUGGUGCGUACAGUGGUAGCCUGCACUCUGCUGUGUGCCCUUUUUAUUGCGAUGUGAAUGGUUACCAGGAUGAGUUGCUGUGGGGAGCUGCAUGGCUACACAAGGCAUCAAGGAGGCGCCAAUAUAGAGAAUACAUAGUGAAGAACGAGGUGGUGUUGAGAGCUGGAGAUACAAUAAACGAGUUUGGUUGGGACAACAAGCAUGCUGGGAUUAACGUCCUCAUUUCCAAGGAAGUGUUGAGUGGGAGGGCCGGCUACUUCGAAUCUUUCAAACAAAACGCAGACGAGUUUAUCUGUUCUUUAUUGCCUGGAAUUUCUCAUCCCCAAGUCCAAUAUUCGCCAGGUGGCUUGAUCUUCAAGGCUGGAGGGAGCAACAUGCAGCAUGUGACCUCACUGUCGUUCUUACUUCUGGCUUACUCCAAUUAUCUGAGCCAUUCCAAUAAGAUUGUGCCAUGUGGCGAGACCUCAGCUUCCCCUGCUCUACUCAAACAGUUGGCCAAACGUCAGGUGGACUACAUCCUAGGAGAUAAUCCUUUGAGGAUGUCUUACAUGGUUGGAUAUGGGCCACGUUACCCACAAAGAAUCCACCACAGGGGAAGCUCGUUGCCUUCCGUACAGGCCCAUCCGGCCCAUAUAGGCUGUAAAGCAGGGUCUCGUUAUUUUCUGAGUCCAAAUCCUAAUCCCAACCUGUUAGUUGGAGCUGUCGUGGGUGGGCCCAAUAGCUCAGAUGCUUUUCCAGACUCGAGGCCUUACUUUCAAGAGUCGGAGCCCACAACCUACAUUAAUGCGCCGUUGGUGGGCCUACUUGCGUUUUUUUCAGCCCAUCCUUGAUUCCCACAGUGUAAAGCAGAGAAUGUAGUAGUAGUAGUGUAGUGGUGCGCAAAUGGUCACCCUGCCCAAUUAUUGUGAAAGAUUCCCAGUGUUCCCAAUUAAUGAAAGCAAAAAGUUAUAUCUA